ACAUCCGCCUUCUGGCCGACCAGGCGCGCAACUUUACUGAAUCGCAGCAUGGCCUGUUGCGCGACCCGCCGUGGGAGCUCCGUUCCAAGUGUCUGGAGGCGCUGGGCUCGGCGCUGCACAGUGGCAGCGGCAAACUCGGCACGCUCGCCAUACAGGGACUGCAGAGAAUGCUCCGUGACGACCGGUUCGCGGCCCCGUUUGAGAGCGACGACGAGUCUCGAUGGCUGACCACUCAGCUGCUGGAUGCACUGCCCUCGCUGGCAACGCUCGACGACAACGCGCAGGUCGAAAUUAUGCGGGUACUGUUGAGCGCCGCGUGUCAGAGCUGGUGGGUGGCCAGCAGCGCGCUGGUGGUUCGCCUGCUGACGCUCUGCUUCCAACUGUGCUCGAGGACGCCCUGCCCGCCCACGGUUGCCACGGCCGCGCAGGCCGCCGCCUGCCAGGCAGUCCGCGGCUUCGUCGCUAUUCUUGACGAGGGCUACGAGAGUGAGAUGGCGGAGGGCCCGGCCGGUGGGGACGGCCUGUCGCCGGCCGACGUGUACCAGGACAUCGUACCCGUGUGCGGCUACCUGUGCUCUCAGCUGCAGGCCUUCGCCGACAAACGGUCGGCCGGCGCGGGCCUGCAGCUGCUGCUGAGCACGCUGAACGCGCUGCUGACGGCGCUGCCGGCGGCGCGCGCCCACCAGUGCGCGCCGCUGCUGGAGCAGACGUGGCGCCACCUGACGCCGGCGCUGGUCUGCCUGCUCGGCUCGCCGACCACCGAGCGGGUCGGCAGUCACGGGCCGGCCGGCGAGUCUCAGCUGGCCCGGGGCUCCGGCGGCCUCACCCAGCAGCCCUCCCUGCCGGCCGCAGAGGCGCGUACCAUAUUCAGCAUUUCGGUGCAGCUGGUACGGCUGCUGGGCGCCGUGGCCUCGGUACGCCCGGCUCUGGAGGCGCUGUUCCACAGAAUGCUGCUCUACCCUCCGCCGCAGCACCGCGACGACGCCCUCCGGGUCGUCAAACAGGUGCUUCAGACUCCGGAGCUGCUGUUGGCCUUCUGUGGCCCGACGCUGGUCCAACAGGAACCCACCGCCAAACACGUACCCGUCAACGAUCUAUCACUGCUGCAGAUCACGAUCGACUCGAUCAUGGAGUGCAGCUCGCUGCCGGAGCCAUCAGCCACACACACGGGUGUGAGCUGCUGUGUGGCGCUGCUGCAGUCUCUGGAGGCGCUCUGCGAGGGCCGGCACGUGUCGACCGAGUACGCUCAGCGCGUGAACUCGCUCUACGCCAGGCUCGAGGAGGCCGACUAUCAAGGUCCUGUAACGUACGGCGGUGCGGAACUGGCCGGUCCGAGGGAUCACAGCCACACACCUUCGCCCGCUGACUCAGAGUCAUAUGACUCGGGUGACACCGAGGGCCCUGAGACGAGCGACUCAGAUGAACAGGACGCGGGACAGCUGAGCCCCGACGCGGAGCACCGCCGUCGGAGACAGGAGGAGGAGAGCUGCCGACUGGAGCGGCUGCGCGGCGGACGGCCAACGCAGCUCCAGCACUACGACUGUUCGAGUGAGCAGGAGCGUCGUCACUGCCGCCAUUUCGUGCAGACGCUGCGCGCUCUGCUGCCCUCCCUGCUCGCCAUCCGCAGCUGCCUGGAGGUCGACAGGGCCGUACAGGAGUUCGCCUCCAAAUACUGUGACGGUCUGUACAGCUCCCAGUCGGACCUAAGCCGCACCGACCCGCACCAGCUGAUGAUCAUUAACGCCGACGGCGUGUACCUGGCCUGCUACGCGGCGCUGCUGCUCAACCUGAAGCUGAUUCGCAGCGGCUACUACAGCGGACAGACGGCGGCCCUCACCGUUACCGAGUCUGAGUUUGUGGAGGACGUGCUGGGCAGCGGCGUGCUGGUGUACCUGAGCACCAGCUGGCUGGCCGAGCUGUACCAGCAGGUGGUGCACUGUGACCUGCUGCACCAGGCCGGCUACAGUGACCGCGGCGCCAGCCUCAUCAGUCUCAUCACAGACCUGGACGGUCUGGGUAGUGUCGAGCCGGGCAGCCAGCUGUUGUCCGACUACCGACGUCUGGAGCGGGCGGCCUCCAACGUAGACCGGGACCCGGCCGGGGAGGCAGGUGUGAAGCUGGCCCGCCGGGUGCUGACGGCCUGCUGGGACCCGCUGCUGGAGCUGCUCUCGGCGCCGCUCUCCGGACCGGCGACUGGUCUGCAGGUGCGCUGCGGCUCCGUGUUCAGUUUCCUGACGGCCGCCUCGUGCACUGAGAGUGACGGUGAGGCGGAGUCGACCGGCCGCUCCCGGCGCCGGCCGCGACUGCCGCUCGUCGGUCAGGCGCCCGUGCAGCUGCACGCGGCACACGUACUCAGUAUGGAGGUCAUCCUGGGCAACGGGCUCGACCUGGGCAGCCACAGUGCCGACUGCUGGCCACACAUCUUCAGGUGCGUCCUGUACCUGGGAGCGCUGGAGCGGCGGCUGUUCUCUGACCGCGGUGGCGGCUCAGCCGGCUCCAGUUCCACCCUCCCUCCGCCGACGCGACACGAUGCGGACGCGUUGCGGCUGACGUUCGGCCGACCGGAGGAGGACGAGUCGCUCUGCGGCGACACGUACGGCUACCUGGCCAGCUCUCACGGCCCGGCGCCGGACACUGUGGACAUAGCCGCCCUGGUGCACGAGUCCGGCGCCGACGACCGGCACGGCGGCGUGCUGCCCGCCCCCUUCGCAGCGCGAGCCGUCAGCGGACUCACGCAGAUGGCUGACAGGCUGUUCAACGACGCCGCGCACAAGCUGAACCUCUCCUCACUGCUGAGUUUCCUGCGCGAGCUGUGCCGCGCUUCCCAGCGGCAGCUGUUCGCCGUGCCGGCCCCGGCCCCGGCGCCGGCCUUCUGGCGGCGGCGGGGCCGGCGCGCGCCGGACGCGGCCGGCGAGCAGUGCGCCGCGCUGCUGCUCACGCGGCUCGGCGACGUGCUGCUGAAGGUGGUCGGAUCCGGCCGGCCGCUGGUGCACCUGAUGCGCGCCUGGCCCAUCGUCGGACACCACCUGAUGGAGGCGGCGUGCCACAAGGACCUGGCAGUCUCGAAGAAAGCGGUCUCGUGUAUCCAUGACGCUGUGAACGCGAUACUGGGCUCACAGCUGGAGCUGCCCCACUACCACAUCAACGAGGCGCUGUUCAAGCCGCUCGAGACGCUGCUGUGCCUCGAGCUCUGCGACACGGACGUGCAGGAUCAGAUCGUGGGCUCGAUCUGCGAGUUUGUCGAGGUGAGCACCUCAGAGAUCCGCAGCGGCUGGCGGCCGCUGUUCGGCGCGCUCUGCUCGGUCCGCUCUGCCGCCUCUGCCGGCCACGUGCGCGCCGUGCUGGACGUCUUCGAGGCGUUCCUCGACACCCACAACGUACUGGUGUUCGCCAACGCUGCCGUCGACUGCAUCAUGUGCCUGCUGAAACACGUCCGAGGGCCGCCCGAGCUCCGAGACGGCGAGGAGCCCGAACAGGUGAUCGAGCUGGGUGCCCUGGAUGACGACUCGCGCGACCUGGGCCUGGCGGCGCUCCGCUACAUCGCGCGCUGCCACGCCAUCCUGGCCUCCAUGCACGGAAUGCGCAACUGUCCGGUGUUCCACGCAGCGCACAGGAUCCAGCUGAACACGGUACCUCUGACGGUGGACCCGGUGUUUACGGACGAGUUCAGUACGGACCCGGACGUGGACCCGGACCCGGACUGUGAGCUGGACCCGGACCGUGUGUCGCCCGUCACCUACGAGCGUCUGGCCGUGGAGGGCGGCGUCACAGAGCUGCAGGAGCUGGAUAACGCCAGUGGUAUCCUGCGCGUGUGGUACCUACUGCUGGAGGGUCUGGCCGGCGCCACGGCCACCUGCGCGCGACGCCACCAGCCGCAGACCAUGGAGACGCUCUUCUCGCUUCUGCGGUCGCUGGCCGACCAGCCAGGCGCCGAGUUCGGUAUCUACUGCGUGAACCACCUGCUGCUGCCGAUGAUGCAGGGCUGGCUGCGCAGUACGAGCCGGCGUCACGGCGGCUGGAGCAGUUUCGCCACCAACUUCAAACAGUGCGGCGGCAUGGCCACCGACCUGGUGGUCUUCUACCUCACCCGAGUGCCAGCGGGCGCGUCCGAGCGGCACCAGGCCGGCGUCGACCUGAUGCUGCGCCAGCUGCUCCUGGUCAUGAUCGAGUGCGCCUGUCAGCCGCACGAAGUCGUCUCCCGGCUGGGCUGCGCCUGCAUCAGGCACGUGGCGCUGUCGGCCGGCGCCGGCGGCCUCUGCGGCGAACAGCGCUGGCAGCCAGUGGUGACGGCGCUCCACCGGGCGCUGGCGCUGACGCUCCGGCCGCUCCGGCGGCUGAUGGCCGCCUUCCGAGUCGACUCUGAGAACUUUUACGGCGACCUGGGCCGGGUGAAGGUGGCUGCGCGGCGCGACUGUACCGGCCGAGACAGCGACCGGCUGCGACAGCUGGCACAUCAGGUGUUCCUGCUGGACGGCCAGCGUCCUCCGGUGCUGGAGACCAGUGAGAACCCGGACGCGGAGGACCGCUCCUACGUGUUCCUGCUGUUCGGCUCGGAGGAGGGAGACGAGAGUCCGGCGCGGGUGCCGCUCCGUCACCUGGCGGUCGGUCUCUUGGCGCACCAGGUGCUGCUACAGACGGUGGGCGCCAUCCUGCUGCACGGAUCGCCUCACCUGGUACCCAGCCUGGCGAACGUCCUCUCUCCGGUGGGCUCGGCCGGCCAGUCUCCGUGCGGCGGCUCCACCCCUGGCGCGCUGCCCGGGUUCCUCCAGCAGCUGAGCCCCCACCAGGUGACCACUCUGAUGGACGCCCUGGAGGGCUCUCAGCGCGCGGCGGUCGCCUUCGACAGCCGGCCGGGCCUCAAGUUCCUGGUGCAGAAGGUUUGUGGGAUGGAGCGGGCGGCCAACCUGUACGGCCAGGCGGGCGCCGGCUGGACGCUGCGCGCCGUCACUGCCCUGCACCUGGCCGUGGCGGAGGCGGGCGGCGCGCACCUGACCCAGCUGCGGGCCCUGCUCACCGACUGCUGCCAGCGCUACUGUCAGAUCGUGCGGCUCGCGGACGGACCGGAGGCAGACGGCGCCGCCCACCAGCCCGUGUUCUUCCUGCUGGCGCAGGGUGACGACUACCCGGGCGGCAGUGGCGGCCCGCCGGAGCCGCCGCCGCAGCCCGCCCAGGCCGGGUCGCCGCUCGCCGGUCCUCCGAAACCAUUCUGUUUCGCUGACCUGGCUCGGACCCUGGAUACGGAACCAUCUCCGGGCGAUGGGGCCGAGCCUGGCGCGGAGUCUGAGCCGCCGCCGGAGUCGCCCGACUGCUCCGAUCACGAGGAGGAGGACGUGCCGACCGACUCGGGUGUGGCCGACUCUGACGACCAGGUGUACAGCGUGGUGACCGACCAGCAGCUCUCCAGCCUCAUCGGCCAGUACAAGAGGCGCAAGCCGGCGCGCUCGAUGCCGCUGGUGGCGGCGGCCGGCCGGCGGAACCCGUUCCUGGCCGGACGGACGGCCGCCGCGCAGGGGACCUCCGAGCCAGUGCCGCCCGAGAUCGAACAGCAGCGCCGCACCAGCCUCAUCAAGGACAGCGAGGCGCAGCAGCGCGUGUGGACCGAGAUGGUGGUCUCGAUGCUGGAGCUGGUGGCUCGUCAGUCGGACACCACGCUGCGCCUCCUGCUGCCGGCCGUGCACCCCAGUGUGCGCACACUGACCGCCCACGCCGCCGAGCCGGCCCUGCGCCAGGCGCUGGCCGAGUUCUUCCAGCGCGUCGGCACCGCCUACGGGUUCGCCGACGACGACGACGAGUAAAGGCGAGUGGAGACGUGUCGAGGACGCCUCUCAGGUGACCACUCAGAUCUCUAACGGCCUGUAACACUUUUUUCAUUCCUACCAGAAUAUCCGCAAUUGCGCUUUGCACCAUUGGAUGUAGAGGUUUAUGAGCAAACAACAUUUCCUCGUAGCAGUAAUGUUUCUGUUUAUGAGAUGACCUUUGUCCAUGACCGUUAGGAGCUAUUGUGAGUGAUUAUAUACCUAGUCAAGAGACAACAAAACCGUUAUUUUACGUAGUCUACGUCUUUAGUCAGUUACCUCGAAUCCAGUGACGUCAGCAGGCUCAACAUCCGGGAACUGAAUGGUAAAACCUAUCUAAGGACGGUCAUAUGUGAUGACAAAGAAACGUCGCUGAAUCAGGGAAUGCAGGAUGUGAACAGAUUGUCAGUAGUCAUCAGUCUCUGUGUGAGCUCUGGAAAAGAGCUCUGAUGCAUCGACAGUAAUGAGUAAAGACUCCGCUCGUCACAUUGCCCCAACAGACGGUAAAUAACU